GAGAGGCCCAGGCGUUCGGGCCGGGAGUUGUGAGGAAAGUGCGGAGCCGCUGUGAAGCUGGGGGUCCCGGCCCUGAAUAUGCCGGUCCGUACAGAAACCAGCACGGCGGCCUCCAGCUCUUCGUCCCUGAUCCCGCCGCCUCCCAUCAACACUCAACAGCCCGGAGUGGCCACGACUUUGCUGUACAGUGGCUCCAAAUUCCGGGGGCACCAGAAAAGCAAAGGCAACUCGUAUGAUGUUGAGGUGGUGCUGCAGCACGUCGACAUGGAGAAUGCCUAUCUGUGUGGAUACUUGAAGAUCAAAGGCCUUACCGAGGAAUACCCAACCCUCACCACCUUCUUUGAAGGAGAAAUCAUUAGUAAAAAACAUCCAUUCCUAACACGAAAGUGGGAUGCGGAUGAAGAUGUGGAUCGCAAACACUGGGGUAAGUUCCAAGCAUUUUAUCAGUAUGCAAAAACCUUCAAUUCGGAUGACUUCGGUUACGAGGAACUGAAGAUUGGUGAUUAUGUCUUCAUGCGAUGGAAGGAGCAAUUCUUGGUCCCAGAUCACACAAUAAAAGAUAUUAGUGGAGCUUCCUUCGCUGGCUUCUAUUACAUCUGCUUCCAGAAGUCUGCGGCAUCCAUAGAAGGGUAUUACUACCAUCGGAGCUCAGAAUGGUAUCAGUCCUUAAAUCUGACGCACGUCCCUGAACACAGCGCACCCAUCUAUGAAUUCCGGUGACAGGAGAUCUGCUUUUGAGCCCUGAGCAAAAGAACAGGGAUGUCCACAAAGGGACAUGCUGCUUUCCUCUUCUGUCCCAAAGGACUCUGAAAAAUGUAUGAGUGUUAAAGCAACAAUGCAUUAUCCAAUGCUAUCCCUCCUACCAUACAGUUUUUAUUUCCCCCCCCUUUUUUAAUUUUUUUUUUUUUUUUUUUUUUUUUUUUUUUUUUAAGCUAUGGGCUUUGGUUGUCUCUUGUAUUUUAUUUCUGCUUAACUAUGGUACCACCUGUAUCCUUCAUCAUACUCCUGAACACAAUAACAGGACAUGGUCCUGUUGGAUCACAGAGAGGGAAUGCUGUUGCGUCUAUGAACUUUCAAGCUGCUUCAGAACUAGAAUCCUAAUAUGGGAGCGGUUCUGAGAAUCUUACCCCUUGUUUUGCAUAGAUUGGCUUCUCCAUUAAGCUAAUAUAUAAAGGACUAUGACAUCUUGCACAGGUUGUACACUCCAUAUAGAAUGGGAGAAUUUUUUUUUUUUGUACUCCCUGAUAUAGAAUCCACCUUUACAAAGAAUAAAUGAAUUAUUUUCAGGGCUCCUUACCCUAGGGCCCAAUGGUAAAAUGCAUAUUUACUCUGGACUAUAUUACAUUUGGUUGUUUUCACAUUGAAAGUGGCCAAUGUCAGAUUGUUUUUGUUCUUUUUUUUUUUUUUUUUUUUAUAAUAUAUUAUAUUAUAAAUACACAUAUAUUUAAUCAGAGUAUAGUUCUAUGGAAGUGUCCUGACUCUCUAGGUAACAGACACGUUGAUGCAGGGUCGAAACAUGAUUGAAAUAACUGCAUUGUGCUCUUUAAGUACCGUUGGACUUUCUGGUAUGGCUUGACGUGUCCUAGUUUUUCAUCUCUAAUGCAUACUAUGGACCGACUAAAGCGGGACUGAUUUCCAGUUUGGUCGUAAAAUGUAGACCAUUUUGGAAGCGAAAAAAAACCAGAAGUGCUGAACCACAAUGGAGGAUGGGCCACUAUUGGAAGAAACGUUUCAUAAGUGACUACCAUUAGCUAGUUGGUUAACGCUUGGAACUUAUAUAUUUGCCGUUGAUGAUUUUGUAAGAUGCGAACUGUUCUCAAAUGUUUUCAUCCCCUACUCACAGAGAUGAGGGACCAUAUGGUAAAGGUCCACCUUUCCCAGUUCUACAAGAGCCAAAUGUUAGAUUGAAAUUGGUGUCACAAAGAUAAUUAGAACUGUUACAUUGCAAUGUGUGUCUGUUAUACGUAAUGUGCCACUGGAUGGAAAAAUGUUAAGGAAUAUAUGUACAAUGUUUGAAAUUUGUUACUGUUGGCAUAUAUCUGGUAGUAGAUACCAGUGUUUUUAGUUUUCUCAGUUAGAUUUAACAUUAAUGAGAACAGAUAAAGACUCCUUUUAGAUUCUUUCAGGGUUUUGUGCUAAAUUGAGUUAACAAAGUCCAAUUUAGCCUUCAUUGCACUGCAGAGCUGGCCAGAAAUAUAAUGCGUUUGCUAUGAGUACAGGUUUAUGUGGCCUUCAAUAUAUUUUAAGGAUUUGUCUAAAUGACUUCAGGGCUACACUUUGUAGUUGAGUCAUAGCACAUUCAGAUCAUGGCUACACUUUGUAGUUGAGUCGUAGCACAUUCAGAUCAGGAAUUGAAAGGGGUAAAAGUAGCUUCACUAAGAAGAAGCUAAUGCACAUUUUAAUGGAGGUAUGUUUAAAAGUCCUGUCUGAUAAAUCUUGCUUGUAAUCAGCCUGUUACCCGAGGAAAUGGUAGGUGAGAAAUUUAACUUUUAAUUUUAUUUUAAUGGAUUUGGAUAUUGUAGGUUUACGGCUCCAGCUGAUUGAUUCAGCAUUUACAGCGAUGAACACCUUAAGCAAUUGCGCAUUCCAGAGAUACACAAUGGACCUGGUCCCAGUCCAGUACUGGAACUUCAUAAGGACCAGUUACUCUUAAAAAGAUAGGAAAUAUGCCAAGAGUCGUUGAGUAAUCUGUCUAGUGCAGUUAAUGAAAUUAUAAUAGCCAGAUUAUUCACUGGGUUUAGGAAUUCAUACACAAAACCGUUUUAUACAUCAAGGUUCAAUACAUCUAAAUUAGCUUAUCUUGAUAAAUUCUACAUCAUAUUGCAGUAUCUUUUUUUCUUUUUCUAAAAAAAUUUAUCCAAAAAGGUUGUCUUUCUGGAAAAGGCAAAACCUUUUAGUGUUGACUUUUGCAAAUUGACAGUGUUAAUAUAAGAAUUUGUAUGACUGAGAUUACUGCAAUUUUUUCCAAAAGCCUAAAUACUUAGUUCUUGUCAAGGUGGAAUACACUGCUCGAUCUGUGCAUAACUCCUUGCCAGCAUUGAUCCAAAUCGGAUGUGCAUAUUCACAAAGUGCAAGGAAUGAUGUCUAUAAGAUGUAUUGAUCGAGUGAUUCAUUGCUUUAAUCAAUUGAGUGCCCCAGGCUUUGAUAUUUCCCUGUCCAAUGGGGCACCGCUGUCAUCAGUAUUGCUUCAAACUUAUACAUAAAUUGAGAAGUGUGUAUUUUUUAUGUUUAUUUUUAAUGCUGCAAUCCAAAACAAAACUCAAACGUGCUCAAUGUUUUGAACACGCUUUUACCAAGCAGGGUUUAGUUAAUACUAUUGCUAAGGUCACAAUGGUGAGAUAUUGACAUUCUAUUGAUAUAUUUAUAUUGAUAUAUUAACUGGUCCCCUGUUAGAUCAUUAGUGUAAAAGCAUUAAAGUGGAAAUGUAAUGCUGUUAAGAAUUCGUUUUUUUUUUUUGUUUUGUUUUUUGUUUUUUUUUAACAGUACAAUGCGAUCAAGUAACACAUUGCAAUUUUUUAAAAAAUUUUUUUUUUUUAUUAUUGAUAAAAAUAAAAGCUUGUUACAGGGAUUAAAAACAGAUUUUGGCAAACAGUCCUAAAAAAAUAAAUAAAACUUUAAUUGAAAA